UUGGGCGAUCGCUCAUUCGCUGCCGUCGAGAUCCCCUCAACGCCUCUCAGGAACCAUGGCUUGCGCUGCCAAAGUCAAAAUAUGUUCGAGUUGGCGGAACUGAGUAAUGGGCGGGACAAAGUCGUCCGAGCAUCUGUAAAAUCCCGACGCCCUCUGGUAGUGCUAUUGUCAUAUUCGCAGCGUUUCGGAGAUCUCACGGCCCCACGUUUUUGCCUUUGCCCAAGGCCUUCGGGAUGCAACCAGUCAUCCUGUCAAGACUGCCAAAUCUGCGAGGAGGAUGCAAGCAAGCAUUCAAAGGGGCCUCCUAUUGGCCUCCCACACGCACUUAACUCGGCCCUGCGGUGCCUCUGCUGCAGCCUGGGCAGAUCAGCCGUACAGGCAUCUUGCAGCCGCAAUCUCAGCAAAUUAGACGUGUGCCAGGGUGCCGCAGCACACACACACCACACCUGUCAAGCGGCGUUGGUCGCUGCAUGGCAACGCAUUUUGGCAUCACAACAUCUCGAAGCAGAAUGGCCUACUGUAUGUGCUUGACCGUCGCCGAACGACUGGAGCCCGAAUCUGUGUCCGAAAGCCAGAGAUCGUAAGUCCGAGACAUGGCUGGCAGUUGUCCUACAUCAGUCCGGAGCAGCAUGUUGUAUAAGUCGCCGGUCGCAUAGGGCCAUUCCACUACCAAGUGCGACACCUCUCAGUCGAUA